UUUAAAAGGCGUUUAAAUUACAGAAAUAAUAAGACAUAAAAAUGAAGUGCGCUGUCUGGAACUGUUACAAUUAUACCAGAAAAUCCAAACAGUGUUCAUUUUUCAGCUUUCCAAAAGAUCGAUAUCUUUUGCGAAAGUGGUUAAAUUUUUGCCAGUCGCCAAAACAAUUUAAUGAAAAUACUUGGAGAAUGUGCAGUGAUCAUUUCCAAAAAGAAGAUAUUCAUGUGAGCAUAAGAUAUCAAAUGGGAUUAAGUAGAAUGCAGCGUUUAAAAUAUGGAGCUAUACCAUGUUUCAAAAAAGAUUUUGAUUUGAAGGCACAAAAGCGUCUGAAAAGACUACAAGAGAGAAAUGGUGAAAAGAUAGUUACCGAACGUCUGAGAUAUGAUGAUAAUGUAGAAAUCCGGUUUGAAAAUGAAUCAUAUCAAUCGAAUGGUGUAUCGAAUGGAAUUGCAUUUAAAACAGUAAUUCAAAUGAAUGAAAGUGAUACGGAGAACGAAUUUGAUGUUGAAAAAAUAAUUGAAGUAUCUGAAGCUGAAGCACAUGAAAUUACGGAAGAUAAUGAAUUUAUUUCGGAUGUUGAAAUGUUAUUGAAUGAAACUGAAUCAAAUGCAAACGAAUCGAACAAUGUGAUUCAGGCCAAUAAGAUUGAAUCCAACAUAUUGAUUCAAAUUCGUGUAGUGGGGCAAACUGAUCAGUUUACUCAAAUCGAUGAAAAUGAAUUCGGUAAAGUAAUUCCAGGUUCUUCUGAUUCAGAGAAAAUAGCUUCAAUAAAUCCAAUAGAUCCAAUAAAAACAGAAUUAAACCAAGUAGGUGAAAUCGAUGAAAUUCAAAUUAAGUUAUGGGUUCCAUCAGAUAAAGUCAUUGAAGUUGAUGAAACUGAAUUAGUUGAACUUAUUCAGAAGAAUAAUAUUCAAGCAAACAAAGUCGAAAUUGAAUUGGUGGUAGAAAACGAUAAAAAGACACAAGUUAACCUCGAAGAUUUUCAGCAAAAUAAACAUGAAGUGUUAACUUCUAAAAGACUUAUGAAAUCACUUCGAAAUGAUUUUCAAAUGGAAUUUUAUAAGUACUUUAAAUUAGAAACAGAAAAACCCUAUAAAUCAUCUUGUCCACAUUUCAACUCACGUUUAAUUUCAACGGAACACAUCGUGGUACAACAAUCAGAUGAUAAAUCGUCACAAAUUCAAGCUGAAUUUUCUGAUGUUGAUGUUUCAGAAAAUUCCUCUAAUUCUAUGAUCCAAUCUACUACAACAAGUCAACCCGAGAGUGAUGAAAUGAAUUAUAAUAGUUUAAAUACAAGUCAAAUGUAUUUGGAUAAAAUUGACGAUAGCGAUGAAUCCGUUGAUAUCAUAAAUCAGAUUCUAAUGCAAUUGGAUAAUAACAGUGAUGCCAUUAGUGAUAUAGAUCUCGAUCCUUUAUAUCCUUUAACGGUAUAAUAUUAUUAUUUAUAAUAUUCUAACAUUUUCUAACAUAAAAUAU